CUAGUAUUUUAACCAUGUUCAUUACUACUAUAUUUUGAUCGGAUUUGUUGUAUAUACAGUCAAAAAGAAGAAUAUGUCCAGAAAAGAUAUUUAGAUAGCGAAGAAGGCAAAUAAACAGAGCAAUACUUCGCGACAGUAAACAGGAUAGAGAGGAUAUUGAAAGACGAAAAUGUUCAUCUGAAUCGAAACGAUGGAGACCACCCUUACCUUUGAAAACGAGAGCGACCCAUUGUACCUAAUCCGUCAUUUGUGGGUUUGUGAUGGAGCAAGGACUAAGAGAUACGGUCUGAAGUCAGGAAAAUGGUCCAAAAAAGAAGAGAAAAUCCUCAAAGAAAAUCUCGAAAGAUACUUAGAAUGUCACAACAUUGAAGACCCAAGGAAGCUUAUCUUUGCCCGUCAUCAGGCAGCUGAAAAAAGAAAGUGGAAAGAGUUAGUUAAAGUAACCGGAUUGUAUAAAGAACUUGCAAAAGGCUUAAACAGGACUUUGCUCAGUGUUUAUAGAAAAGCCCUUCGCACAUUUGAUGAAAACAACUACGUUGGAAAGUACUCAGAAGCCGAAGACAGAGAUUUACUAAAACUUGUAGCAUUGCAUGGGAGAAAGUGGACCAUAAUAGGAGGAAUUAUGGGUCGAAGUAAUCUCUCUGUGCAACACAGAUAUGAAUAUAUUAGAGACAAGCCUAACCAUGGUCCCUGGAGUGAAGAAGAGACGAACCUUCUCAAGCAAGCUGUCAGAAAAUUAACUAAAACCAAACAGGGGGAUGAAGUUUAUGAGGGAAUUUGCUGGACUUCAGUGGCAUCUAUCGUUAAAACAAGAAAUAAUAAUAUGUGUAGAGAAAAGUGGCUUGAACGUCUUUGUUGGAAAGAUUGUAGUCUUAACAAUGUUGUCUCUAAGAAAUGGAGUUCCAAAAACGAUGUUGAUUUGAUCACCAGAAUCUAUGAAAGUAAAGCUACUGAUGAGACAGACAUCGACUGGGCAUCUUUAUGUGAAGAGUUUGAGAUGGCACGGUCACCCGCUUGGUUAACACAGAAGUUUACGACAGUCAAGAGAAAAUACUGCCAGAGUGUUGACUUGCAAAACACAGAUUUUGAAGAACUUAUUGGUUAUUUGUAUAACGUUGUAGCCACAGAUUUGCAAAACAAAAUUCUUUUGAACAGCUCUGACAGCUAACCAAUAUUUUCCCUCUUCAUACUGUAUGGCCCCUUUUUUACCAUCAAGCAACAAUAAGAAAGCACUUGUAAAUAAAUACCAUUAAAUAUUAACACAU